CUCUACCGGCCCACUGUGAGCAGGCUGCCGCCGUCGGAGGGUAGACAGCCCAACGAACUUGGCUUUGACGCGCAGCCCUCUAUUCCCCCUCCCCUCCCACUCUCCUCCUGCGAAACGCUAUUCCCAGGGUAGUGGGCAAGUUGCAUGUUCCCAGUUCGCGCCACGGCUUCAAGAUUUCCGCCAUUAUGCCACAGUUCGAGAUGCAGCCCUCCUCGCAGAGCCAACAAGGCGAUCGCAUUGCGCCACCUGAAGAAUCGUUUGUCGUGUGCGCUACUACUGGCAGGGUAUGGGCCUACUUUCUCCUCGCAGCAUGCUGCCUCGUCCUCGUCGGCGUCGCGGUGUUGCCUGUGGCCCUAAGCAGGGCCGCGGCCUCCACCACCCUUGCUCCCGACGACUCAUCGCAGGCACCAGUGCUCGGGAAUGCGACUUCACUUCAGUCUGGGAACGUGACGGCGUGCGACCGCGUGGACUCCAAGCCAGACGGCAGCAAAGUCUGCACCAGCGCGGUGCGUGCCUGGACGCUGCCGUGCGUGGGCUACAUCAUCGUCGCUGGCAUCGCGGGGUUCUUCGCACUCGCCCUGAUAGUGCCUUGCAUGCUGGCCGCGGUUGGCUUCGGUGUCAUCGGCGUCGCGGCAGGCAGCAUUGCAGCGUGCUUUCAGGGAGCCUGUGGGACGCCGCCCUGUUUCCGUUGCAUGCAGAGUACAGCGAUGCUGGGAGUCCCUCUGCCAGUUCGCGGUUGGAUGGGAGCGGUGGGCUUCGUCGCGGGCUGCGUGGCGGGAGCGUACUGGCUUCCUAUGUGCUUCACUGAUCAGGAAACACCCAUCAAUGUCUCCGGUUAAGAAUGUCAUUCCGUUAUUUACCUUCUUACUUUUCUAUUUAAAGAUGUAGUCGUUUUUAUUUUAUUUGAUUGUCAUAAGUGUUUCUUCUAAUAAAACAGGACAAAGUAAAAUGUAA